CAGUGUCCCAAUUGUAUUCGCUGCUUGAGAUGUCACUCGGGUCAAAGGAACCUCCCACUCUGUAUAUAUCCUCCAGUCAGUUUGCAGAAAGGCGAGGCCCUGUCUGCAGCACCCUCAUUUCUCCUCGGCUGAACUCCCAGACUACAUCUGCAAAGAUGAUGAACGGUAUGAUCGUAAAGAACAUGUCCUUCAAGGUCGGGCAGACCCUGACUGUUGUUGGAGUUACCAAGCCUGAUGCUUCAAAUUUUGCAGUGAACAUUGGCCCCAGUGAGCAGGAGAUUACGAUGCAUAUCAACCCUCGUUUUAAUGCCCACGGGGAUGAGAACACGGUGGUCUGCAACUCUUACCAGGGAGGCAGCUGGUGUGAGGAGCACCGUGAGGGAGGCUUUCCUUUCGUACAGGGAGAGGAGUUCAAGAUUGUCAUUGAAUUCACCCCUACGGAGUUCGUGGUGACUUUAUCAGACGGUUCUCAAAUCCACUUCCCCAACCGCAUGGGUGCAGAGAAAUACUCGUUCAUUAACUUUGACGGGGAAGCUCGCAUCACAAGCCUUGAGCUCAAGUGAACCUCCACCCUCCCAGGAAUUGUUGGUAUUGAAAUUCUGUUUUUCUUUGUCUGACAUCAGGUUACAUAUUACCCCAGCUUUUAAAUUCCCAAAUACAUGUGGUACCAGCCUUACAUGCUUAUCACAUCUUAUCUUAUUAUGCAAGAAUUUACCUUGUUGACACGUGCAGGAGCCAAAUAACCAUAGAAUUAAAGAUGGAUAGCUAAGACAGAGACAUGCAGAGUAAUGAUACUAGAUGUACACACAGAAAUAUGUACCAUAAGUAUUGUAACUGUAUGCCUUUUCUGCACGCUUGACAGCUAUUGACUGCAAAGCAAGCCAAACAUGAAGUGGGUCCAGGCCCAUGUUAUCUGACUGUUAUUUAUUUAGCAGUGAUUAGCUGAAAAAUACCACAUAAAAUGUGAUCAGUCGCUCAUUAAGGUGCCUUGAAAUGCUGCAUGCUUUUUUUUUUGUUUUCCCUCCCAGACAUUCCAGAUUUGUAACUGAGUAUUAUGCUUGCCCGUAACAAUGUGUAUUAAAGCAUGGCCUUCUAGGAAAAAA